AUGUGUUAAAGAAUAUGAAAACUACAAAAUCUACAGAUUACCCUCAACAAAUGGGAAACGGUUUAAAAUCUUGUAAACAAAAACAUACUUCGCCUCUCAUCAAUACUCCUUUGUUGGAGGAAGAAGAAGUCGAGAAUCUCAGAAUCUUCAGUGUCGAGGAACUGAAGAAAGCAACAAAUGAAUUCAAAAUAGAGAGGGUCGUAGAAGGGGAGGAUACCUAUGUUCAAAAAUUCUACAAGGGUUACAUCAAUGAGACCACAUCAAAACUUCCUGUUUCUGUCAUGGAAGGUCUUGUAUAUAGUCAAAAGAGUCUAGAAGAUUGGAAGAUAAGCAAAGAAGAAGCUGAGUCUCUAGGACAGAUUUCUCAUCCCAACUUGGUCAAACUCUUGGGUUACUGUUGUGAAGAUAACAGAUCACUCUUGGUUUUCGAGUACUUGCAAAAAGAAAGUUUGGAGCAUCACGUUUACCAAAAAGAGGAGGCACUACCGUGGGGAACACGAGUUAAGAUAGCCACUGGAAUAGCACAAGGUGUUGCAUUUAUCCACUCGAUCAAGAACAGCCCAUUACAUCAAGAACUCAGAAUGCAUAACAUUCUGCUUGACGAGCAAUACAAUGCAAAGUUGUUAUACCUUGACUCAAAAAAGCAAAGUUGGCCAGAAGAUUGGACAUUUGCGGGAACUAUCUACAAGUCUCCUGAAAAUAUGUUUGCAGAUAUUUUGGGAAUGGAGACCGAUGUAUACAUAUUUGGUGUAAUCUUGCUUGAACUCUUUACUGGUUCAAAAGAGAUACUAAUAAAGCUGAACCGCUUAAGAACUUCAUCGUUCUUGUUUACGGAAUUAAUUGACCCCAGACUUGGGAGUGACUAUCCUGUGAAUGCAGCCACAAAUAUGGGCACACUCGUCCGAAUAUGCACCGUGGUUGACCGGAAGAAACGACCGUUAAUGCAACAAGUUGCGGAUGUUCUUAAUUCUGUAAUGUGUAGAGGUACUUAAUAUCUGAUUAAAAGAGUUGAGGGUUUACUCGACAUUGAAGAUGAAUAAAAACAAAGAAGCAUGUUUUGUUAUUGUUCCAGCAGAGUUUAUGUAAUAGAGAUUAGCCACGCAGAAAAAAAAACAAAAUAUAAUCUGUCAAGUUAAACUAUGACAAAGAGGGAUGAUAACAAAACUAAAGCCUGUGAGAAUCUGAAAAAGUUAUAUUAGGCACACAAAAAAAAAACUAGAAUAUAUAUUCUGACAUUGUAAAUUAUUGCAAAGAGAGGAAAAAAAAAA